GCAGCGAGCGCUGGCGCUGCUGAGCGAGAUGCGGGAGGCGGAACUGGAGCCCAACGUCAUCAGCUACAGCGCUGGGAUCAGCGCGUGCGAGAAGGGCGAGCAGUGGCAGCGGGCGCUUGCGCUGCUGAGCGAGAUGCGGGAGGCGAACUGGAGCCCGACGUCAUCAGCUACAGCGCUGGGAUCAGCGCGUGCGCGAAGGGCGAGCAGUGGCAGCGGGCGCUGGCGCUGCUGAGCGAGAUGUGGGAGGCGAAGCUGGAGCCCGACGUCAUCAGCUACAGCGCUGGGAUCAGCGCGUGCGCGAAGGGCGAGCAGUGGCAGCGGGCGCUUGCGCUGCUGAGCGAGUUGCGUGAGGCGAAGCUGGAGUCCAACGCAGCCAGCUACAGCCCUGCGAUCGUCGCUCUGCUCCGCAGACGCGAUGCGACAGGCUAGUCGGCCACACCACUGAGGAACAGCGCUUGAGUGAAAGGUGGUCAGUGGCCGCGGGCUCUGGCGCUGUCGAACGAGAUUUGGGAGGCGAUGUUGGAAUCCGGACGUUAUCAUAACUUUAGCGUUGUGAUCAUUGGGUGCAACAAAGGACGAGCAGUGGCAGCCGACGCAGGCGCAGAGCCUUCCAAGACACCUCACCGCCCGACGCCAAUAUAGGUCUGGAAGCGCGAUGCCGCGGCAUCCCCCAAAAAAACGAAAUGUGGGAGGCGAAGCUGGAGCCCGACGUCAUCACCUACAGCGCUGGGAUCAGCGCGUGCGAGAAGGGCGAGCAGUGGCAGCGGGCGCUUGCGCUGCUGAGCGAGAUGUGGGAGGCGAAGCUGGAGCCCGACGUCAUCAGCUACAACGCUGGGAUCAGCGCGUGCGAGAAGGGCGAGCAGUGGCAGCGGGCGCUUGCGCUGCUGAGCGAGAUGUGGGAGGCGAAGCUGGAGCCCGACGUCAUCAGCUACAGCGCUGGGAUCAGCGCGUGCGAGAAGGGCGAGCAGUGGCAGCGGGCGCUUGCGCUGCUGAGCGAGAUGUGGGAGGCGAAGCUGGAGCCCAACGUCAUCAGCUACAGCGCUGGGAUCAGCGCAUGCGAGAAGGGCGAGCAGUGGCAGCGGGCGCUUGCGCUGCUGAGCGAGAUGUGGGAGGCGAAGCUGGAGCCCGACGUCAUCAGCUACAGCCGCUGGGACCAGCGCGUGCGAGAAGGGCAAGCAGUGGCAGCCUGCGCUGACGCUGCUUCGCGAGAUGCGGGAGGCGAGGUUGGAGCCCAACGCCAUUCUUCUACAUUGAGAGAGUUGUAUAGUCGACCGGCUGGUCUCGCACUGCAGCUGCUGAUGCACGUCGAGCUGCACUUCGCCUCGAGGACCUGGCGCCCGGUGCUUCCCCGAUCGAGCGAGGCCCGAGGCUCCUGGCCCGGGGCCACCCAGCGGCCGCGCAGGGGGAAUGGGGGCGCGAGGUAAGGCCUCCCGCGGACGCCAGAUCCGGGCCACAUACUUGCCUACCGUCGCUGACAGAUCGCCGGCGGAGCCCGGCCCCACCCAGACCUCCUCGCGGCGUGAA